AUGGCGAUGUGCCAGAUGGGCCAGAUGUGCCAGGUACAGCAAGUCUUGGGCUGCCAUCGUGUGCCAAUUGUCUUCAAGAAGCAGAUGCACUUCAUUGACGUGCUCAGCUUGGAGGACGAGGAAACCGGGCUUUCGUCUCGAGCGGCGAAGCGAAGCGAAGCCCCGAAGAACGCCGAAGCCGAUGCCGAUCUCACCUCGCCCGCGCAGCGCCUCACCGGUUCCGCCGAGCUGCGACGGCGUCAGUUGAUGCAAAUGGGCUGGGCCAUGCACAGCAUCCGUUUGCCGGAGCUUUACGAAGCAGUGAGGACUGGUACCUUGAGGCAGCUCACCAUGGCACAGCGGCGAGGGACUCGUGGGGAGGGAGAAAGAACGGUUCCUAACCGGCCAGGGGGUUGUUUGGCCAUCGAUCCCCUUUACGGAAGGAACGUGUUCGUUUCAUGCGGUCAGGUGAUGGGUUGGCAGAGUUGUGUGAGGCCUGUUCGACUGUUUCCUGAGCUCAAAAGUCACCUUUUUGGGUCGUGGAUCAUCCAAUGA